AUGGCAUCAAACAAUGCCUUAAACAUCCAGUCAUGCACCGUUCAAGACGAUGACGUCUUUAGACCUGUUGUCGCGUCCUCGUGUCGUGGCAGCUUCGACUUCACGCUGCUCUUCGAGCAAGCCAUCUUCUCUUGUAGCCCUUUAGCCCUUUUUCUGCUCAUCGUACCCCUCAGAAUUAUCUGGCUCUACGGACGCCCUAUUGUCACAUCUCAGCGUCACUGAGCGCUACUGAAGAAAACUGCUGCUAUAACGCUUCUAGUAGCUGCUUAACUAAUCUUGUUAAUACUGUAGGCAACGAAGCCUGCUCUGCGAACAUUGCUGAUACCCCCCAGAAGCAAUCACCGGGGUCUAGAACAGGACGUUGUUCUUAUGGCUCAAUUCGCUUUUCCUCAAGGGUUUUAAGAGGUUACUAUCGCUCGAUGAUCUAUAGGAAAAUCCUCCAAAUCUAUCUUCUAAGAAGUUACGGGAUGAGAUGCACAUCACAUAGGAUCGACGAUG